AUGAACAUAAGUAUUGCCAAUAGUGCUUAUCUACCAUCCUUUUUUGUUAAUCCACCAUACAUAUCUGCCGUGCAACUGUACUGCCACCGAGUUCGGUUUUCUAAACACCACAUUCAACCUCUCUCUGUCACUGUUCCUGAACCAUCACCUUCAUCUCUUCGCCUUUGUUUCGAUUUCCACCGUGUUGUUUAUGCUCAACUCAAACAGUCCCAUUCUUUUCGUUCCACCAAUCUUAGCCACGGAGAAGCUCUGCAACUCAAGAGUUUUGGUACUCGGCCGAACAGGUCGUGUCAGAGGAUCAACCGCUCUCUCCAACCUCUUCCCGAUCUUCAAAUCCUCUUCGCCAGCCGAAACAGAGGGAAAGGUGAAGCUCUUGUUGCGAAACUCAGCGGCAAUUCAGGUUUCGCACACGUUGAUAGUGAUGACCCCGAUUCACUGGAAACUGCUUUGAAAGGCGUGGAUCUUGUAGUUCAUUAUGUCGGUCCUUUUCAAAAGACAAAAAAUGUAGUGUGCUUGAAGCUACCACUAAUACCAAGACGAAAUAUAUUGAUAUUUGUGUUGAUACAACAACAUUACGGUGCAUGA